GGGGGAGGGUGACGUGGCUAGACAAUUUUGACCAUAUUAGGGUAAAACGAUUCCCAGUCUCCUUCCCUGCGAUAGGUAUAAAGUUGGAAAGGGGUGUUUUGGCCUUAGAAGUUACUCGUAUCUUUUGUACUAAACCAAAAAAGAAGAGCAAUGACAAGUUCUGGAAUAGAAGUAGGAGACGACAUUCUCGAUUCCUACGGUAAAGUAAAAAAGAGAGGUGGGACGAAUCUCAGCAUAUGCAGGAUUUCAAAAGCCAAAGACAAAGUAGAGCUUGAAAGAGAAGGAGAAGGUCAGGAUUGGGAAACUGUAAGAGCGCUCAUUACGACAGAAUUUGCCACUGAGCCCAUCUUCGUGUUUUAUGAGUUCGUCUAUGAAAACGCGGAAGGCAAUCCUCAGGACAAAGUGGUCUGUAUCAAUUGGUCCCCUGACUCUGCUGGUAUCAAACAAAAAAUGCUUCAAUCUUCAACAUUUGAUGCCGUGAAGAAGAAGGUUAACCACACUGGCAAGGUCGUAGAGGCUCAUGAUGCCGAAGAUUUGACGUUUGCAGCUGUAAAGGAGAAAUGCGAAUCAAAAUAAGGACGUGGAGUCACUUCGUCUUAUUCUUACCUUGCUUGUUAGUGCUUUUAUUAGGAUAACUCUCUCUUAGUGAACACUAUUAAUAUUAUUACCACUACUGUUACUUGUGAUAUUAGUAUUUUGAUAUCUGUUGUGGCUCGUGAUUUUGUACAUGUACUGUACUAUUUAACUUCUGUUAAGCAUUUUUGUGAAUUUUUCUAGUAUAAUAUUAAUAAUAAUAACAAUAAUAAUCCUGAAUGUGACAUAAUAUUA